AUGCUGUCUCACGCCGACCUCCUGGACGCCCGUCUCGAGGAGCGGAGGGAGGAGAGGGGAAAGAUCGGCCAGGGUGGCCGAGGUCCACGCACAUCUGUCGGGGAGGCUGGGUCUGCAGCGUGCCACCGCGGACCCCCGCAGGUCCGGGCACCGCGCUCCUCUGGAUGUCGAGUGGACCCGGUUUCUCCGCCCCCAGCAACUAUCCCGGUGCUGUCGGCAGCGAAAUCAUCUGUACAGACAAUUGGUGAAGAACAAAUACAGAAUCCUUACACGGAGCUCCGUGUGUUGAAAGGUCAUCAAGAUAUAGUACGAUUUCUAGUGCAAAUAGAUGAUUGCAGGUUUGCAUCUGCAGGAGAUGAUGGAAUCAUAUUUCUGUGGAAUGCUCAGACUGGGGAAAAACUUUUUGAACUUCAUGGACACACACACAAAAUUACAGCUAUAGCACCAUUUUCUUCGUCAGAUGCUUCUGAAGAAAAAAACCAUUUGAUUUUAACAGCAUCAGCUGAUACAACAGUUAUUGUUUGGGACUGCACUAGCGGCAGGCAGGUUCAGAAAGUGUCAUGUUUCCAUUCUACUGUAAAGUGUUUGACAGUUCUUCAAAGACUGGAUGUAUGGUUGUCUGGAGGGAGUGAUCUAUGUGUUUGGAACCGAAAAUUAGAUCUCUUGUGUAAGACCAGUCAUCUUACUGAUGCAGGUAUCAGUGCUUUGGUUGAAUUGCCUAAAAAUUGUGUUGCGGCCACUGUUGGCAAAGAGCUAGUAAUUUUUAGGUUGGUUGCUUCUAAUGAUGGGUCUGAAGGUUGGAAUGUCCUUGAAGUAAAACGCCUUGUUGACCAUCAGGAUAACAUUUUGUCAUUGGUCAGUGUCAAUGACUUGACUUUUGUGACAGGUUCUCAUGUGGGUGAGUUAAUAGUUUGGGAUGCACUUGACUGGACGAAGCAGGCAUGUGAGUGCAACUUCUGGGACUCCUCUGUCCCUCCAGAUGUACAGCCGGAAAUAAAGUUAUCCCAAAGCCCAAAUGAAACUUCAGUUCAACACUUAACAUCUGAUGAGGAGUGUGUGUUUGCUGCUGUUGGGAAAGGCAUAUACGUAUAUAAUCUUCAAAUGAAGCGUGUGAUUGCCUGCCAGAGAACUGCUCAUGACUCCUCUGUACUGCACAUUGAGAAGCUUCCAAACAGGCAGCUGAUCUCCUGUUCAGAAGAUGGCAGUGUGCGCAUUUGGGAGCUCCGAGAAAAGCAGCAGCUGCCAGCUGAACCGGUUCCAACAGGGUUUUUCAACAUGUGGGGAUUUGGAAGGGCGAACAAGCAGGCAAACCAAGCUGCUAAGAAGAUGCAGGACAAUACAUCUAUGUAUUUCUUGGAGCUGGUUGGUGAUUUGAUUGGUCAUUCAUCAGCUGUGCAGAUGUUCCUGUACUUUGGUGAACUGGGACUGGCUACGUGCUCUGCUGACCACCUCAUUAUUUUGUGGAAGGAUGGUGAACGAGAAUCUAGGCUCCGCAGUUUAACACUAUUCCAAAAAUUGGCGCAAAAUGGCAAUUUGCAGCUCAAAUUUUAAAUUGCUCUAAUACAGGCUACAUAUAUAAAAACUGGAUGUGUGUUAAAUGUGAGUGUAAAGAAAAGACCGAGCUACUGGGAAUGUGACUACCAGUAAGCUUUACACUUAAUGUCAUGUAUUAUACUGGAAUUUUGAUUAGUUGCUACUACUCUUCUCAAAGGAGAAUUUUGCAUGUUGAAACUUACUUGGCUUACUCUGUCAGCAGAAAUGGUGUUCUCUUGAAAGACUGAAUGAUGACUCAUUAAAUGGUUUCUAAUAUUCUUCCUAAUGUUUAAAAAUAUCAUGGGUUGACGUCAAAAUUAAGAUUUGUGAAGAUCCUUAGAUGGAUCCUAACUACAGCAGCUGGGGGCAUUCCAGUGUUAUGUGCAGAAAGGAGGCACAGAAAAAAAUCUGAGGCUUCCUGCUUUAUGUAACUUGUUUCUUGAAGCUAAACACUAGUCACUGAUGGCUCAGAUUUAUGUAUCUACAAAAACCCCCAAAAGAAACAGUUCUCAAAUAGAAUUUUUGCAUUUGAAGUUACUGUCCUGCACCAAGGGUAGAAGCAAGAAAGAAAAGCAGGCAAUACUGGUUUGUCAGGUUUUAAUUUUUGGCAAAGCGAGGUAUAUAGAUACUCCUCACUUGUAGUAGCUGUAGUUUUACUGUGGGUUAACCUACGCUACUGGAGUUUCUACAGCACCAUUACCAUGUCUAACAUGAAGUGUGAUUGGUUUAGCUUAGUCUUUCCCUAGUGCAUUCAUCAAAUUAAUUUGUAUCUAAUAAAAAGCAUUGGCCUUACCAUGGA